CUCACGAGGGGCGGGCGUGUCCUAUAUCUACCGCAUACCGGCACACAAUUAAAUUACAAAUAAAAAUAAAAAAAACGUUUACGCGUCCAAAAAGAAACCGUCCGCAGUUUUUCUAAUUGGAACAGUAUUAUUAGUGAAUAUUUUUGUAUUAUAUUUUAAGUGUAGUGUUUUUAGUGUUAAAGUGAAAUGGAUUAUUCUUGCUAAUUAAGAUUCUCAUAAUGUCGAAAACUUUGAACGCCUACAGAAUAAAGAAGAUCGAAUCCUUAGGCAGGAUGACGGCGAUGACGCAGGAGGAAAUGGUGGCGGGCGCUCGUACCGUCGCCGCCGGGCUCGAGGCCCUGAGGGCCGAGCACACGCAGCUGCUGGCUGGCCUCGCAACCAACACGGAACACGAAAAUGAAAAGGCUUCUCUGGUUAAGAAGAGCAUUGAAGCUAUCGAUCUUGGAUUGGGAGAAGCUCAGGUAAUGACGGCUCUGGCAUCUCACCUUCAGUCCGUCGAGGCAGAGAAGCAAAAACUCCGCACGCAGGUCCGCAGGCUGUGCCAAGAGAACGCCUGGCUGAGGGACGAGCUGGCUGCAGCUCAGCAACACCUGCAGGCUUCCGAACAACGCGUAGCACAGCUGGAGGAGGAGAAUAAGCAUUUGGAGUUCAUGGCUUCCAUACGUAAAUACGACAGCGACAUAAACGAAGAGUCGGACAGUAACCGUACAGGUCAGGGCGAGAAGAAACGCGAGGACCCGAUGGUCGAGCUGUUCCCUGAUGAUGACCACGACGACAACAGGAAUAAUAAAUCGAUGUCGCCGACGCCGCCGAUGCACUUCGCCCAGCAAGUGAACGCCGGGUACGAGAUCCCGGCCCGCCUGCGCACACUCCACAACCUCGUCAUACAGUACGCGUCGCAGGGCCGGUACGAGGUCGCCGUGCCCCUCUGCAAGCAAGCGCUCGAAGACCUGGAGAAGACUUCGGGCCACGACCAUCCCGAUGUCGCCACCAUGCUGAACAUACUGGCUCUUGUCUACAGAGACCAAAACAAAUACAAGGAAGCCGCCAACCUGCUGAACGACGCUCUGUCCAUCCGGGAGAAGACCCUUGGCGAGAACCACCCCGCCGUGGCCGCCACGCUCAACAACCUCGCCGUGCUGUACGGGAAGCGAGGCAAGUACCGCGAGGCGGAGCCGCUGUGCAAGCGCGCGCUGUGCAUCCGCGAGGCCGUGCUGGGCCGCGACCACCCCGACGUCGCCAAGCAGCUCAACAACCUGGCGCUGCUCUGCCAGAACCAGAACAAGUACGAGGAGGUGGAGCAGUACUACCAGCGCGCGCUCGAGAUCUACGAGAGCAAGCUCGGCCCCGACGACCCCAACGUUGCCAAGACCAAGAACAACCUCGCCUCCUGCUAUCUCAAACAGGGCAAAUACAAGGAAGCCGAGACUCUCUACAAGCAGGUGUUGACGCGGGCUCAUGAACGAGAAUUCGGAACCAUUGACGGUGACAAUAAGCCCAUCUGGCAAGUGGCGGAGGAGCGCGAGGAGAACAAGCACUUGCAGAAGGAGAACGCCCCAUACGGAGAGUAUGGAGGCUGGCACAAGGCCGCCAAGGUGGACUCUCCGACGGUGACCACGACGCUGAAGAACCUGGGCGCGCUGUACCGGCGCCAGGGCAAGUACGAGGCCGCCGAGACGCUCGAGGACUGCGCCCUGCGGAGCCGGAAAGAGCACGUACCGCAAGCGUUGGACAUCGUGAAGCAGUCCCGGGCCCGCGGCGGCGCCCGCCACGCCCGCGACUCGCUCGACCACCACGACAACCACGAGGAGGAUUCGGAUGCGGUGCUGCGAAGUGGCAGUUUCUCUAAACUCCGCGAGUCACUGAGGCGCUCGUCGGCGCGCCUGUUCAAUCGACUCGCGGGCCGCCAUUCCGCCCACCUGCCUGACGUAGACUACACUGAUCCCGAGAGCAUGAAGCGCGCAAGCUCCCUGUCCGCGCUCAGUAAUUCCUCGCCUGGCAGCCCGACGGACCAACUACAACCUCGGUAGCUGACACCAACGCAGAAAACGAAACUCAUGAUCAAAUACACAACGUUCACAUUUGUCAGAUUAUUGGCAUUACAUUCGUGAUGUUUGUGCUACAACUGUAAUAAUUGACAGUUCCGUCAUUUAUUGGCAUGUAUGUUUUAAAAGUUUGUGCCUGAAAUAAGUAGGUAGAUAACUUUAGACGGCAUCAGCACAAUUGACACUCAAAAGGGCAUGAGUUUUUAAAGUUCGCAACACAACGCGAAAUUUGUAUUUACAAUAACGCACGAUACUUUGCAUACAAACUUUUUGCGGAAAAAUUAAUGGUAAAUGUCAUUUGCGAAAAAGACUUCGGUUAAUAUUCGGGAAUAUUUCUUUUAUGAGUCACAGAAAAAAAUUGAGCUUACGUAAAACUUAAAUCGCUAUGUAGGCUGCGGGCAUAAUUUAUCUUCAACCAUCAAUAAUUAAAAUACCUUGUAAUAUUUAUGUAUAUGUUUUUAAUUACAAAAUAAGUAAUAAGUAACCUAUGUAUUUAUUACUCAUCUGUAUGAAUUUUUUGAUUAAGUAAAGAAAACACAAGAAUUAAUGAUUUAGAAAACCAAAUAUUGUCUUCAUUGAACUGUUUAGUUGGUAUGUUCAGAAAAAAAACCAAUGAAAUAAUAUAAUAGCGUUUUCAUAGAGGUCACGAUAUCUGCUGUUUUUCAUAUGACUUCAUUCUCCUUACAGUCCUUUUCUUUUCGCUAUAUGUAAAAUAUAUUUAUUAAAAAAAAAACUUCUUCAAUAUACCUACAUUUUGCAGUACGUAGUUUAAUUUUACACAUUUUUUUAAAUGAGAUCAAGCAAUCUUGUAUAAUAUUUCGUCAAUACCGAUUUCCUGAUAUCUCAAAGUAAAGACUACCAUUAUACCUGUUGCGGUAAAAUUGUUCCCGGAAACGGAACGUGAAUGGGGCCCCCAUGAUCCACGAUCGAAACAUGAGCUUGAAGGCCACAGAAUGAGUGCGUCUCGGCAGGGGUAGGCUGGACGAUGGUAACUAACCAGCCAUGUUUUUUUUUAUUGCUUCGGUUGGUGGACGAGCUCACGGUCCACCUAGUGUUAAGU